UUGCAGAUGCUAUCUCUAUCAAUAAUGUGCCUAAUGUAAUUAGGACAGGCCCUGGCUCUGCUUUUACAGUGCUGAUGCUAGUUUACUUGAAGGAUGCCUGUUCUUCCACGUGAACAACGUAGAAACUAAGAUGCAGCCAAAAAUGUAUUGUUUAUUUACAUUCGUAUGUUUAUUUCGAGUCGGAUUAAAAUGCAUGCUGAGUCCCGGGCUGGAUGUCAGUGUCAGUGCAUGUCAGAGCACUUUUAGUCUCGGUGCAUUAUGGCGAGCCUGUCAUUGGCCAGUGGUGUUUCGAGACCUUGUUGUGACGCGUGUCUAUAUAACGGGGCUCGUGCCGGCGGACGGCGUGUCCGCGCGCGCCCCACCCACAGCUGCAUGGACGCUCCAUUUCCGUGUCUCCGGAGAGCGUGAGCAGGACAUCAGGACUACAGCAGGAGCAUCCUCUCCUCCUUUUGAGUCCAUCAAAACAACACGGAGAAGUUAGUCCCAGCAAGAUCUGACAGGUUCUCCUUCACUAUUCGAACCCAAAAAGCCAGUGAUUAUGGCAAACAGAGGCCCGAGUUAUGGCCUGAGCCGAGAGGUGCAGGAGAAAAUCGAUCAGAAGUACGAUCCUGACCUGGAGGCUCGGCUGGUGGACUGGAUCGUUGUACAGUGUGGAGGAAACCUGGAACGCCCGCAAGCAGGAAAGCAGAACUUUCAAAAGUGGCUCAUGGACGGAACUAUCCUCUGCAGGCUCAUUAACAGUCUGUACCCACGUGGUAAAGAGCCCAUUAAGAAGAUCCAGGAAACGCAGAUGGCCUUUAAACAGAUGGAGAAAAUCUCGCAGUUCCUCCAAGCAACUGAGGCGUACGGAGUCAUCACCACUGACAUCUUUCAGACCGUAGAUUUAUGGGAAGGAAAGGACAUGGCUGCCGUCCAGAGAACUCUCAUGGCUCUGGGCAGUGUUGCACUCACCAAGGAUGAUGGACAUUACCGUGGCAACCGGGACUGGUUCCACAAGAAGUCUCAAAGUCAUCGGAGAGAAUUUUCAGAAGAGCAGCUACGCCAGGGCCAGAACCUGAUCAGCCUGCAGAUGGGCAGCAACCGCGGGGCGUCCCAGGCUGGCAUGACGGGUUACGGCAUGCAUCGGCAGAUCAUGUAACCCAUCCUGGAGAUGACCUACGACCUGCAUCUAACACCCAGAAGACCUUAAUCCCUGCAGAGGAGCAACAUCUGGUUAAGUAAUGCCAUGAAAUUCUAUGUAUGAUAUUAAUUAAUAACUUAUUACAACAUAUUAGCAUGACGAUCAUCAUUUUUAUUUACUAUGAUAUUUCAGUAUCCAUAAACACAUUUUUUUUUUUUUACUGUAAUCAUGUCAGGAAAGUUGCUGUUAUUUCUGUAAACUAAAUGGAAAACACGUAAUCAUAAAAAUAUGUCUAAUAUGUCUGUUUUUUUCUUGCCAUUUUUUUGUACGUUAUUAUGUGGUUUUGGAUGAUAUAAAAAUCUGCACCCGUGUAAAACAUGGACCUGCAGAUCUGUAUGUUUUUUUUUAUUAUUAUUUGAUAAACAGCCAUAAAUACACUGAAGAUAUAAGAUAUUCCUUGUGUGAUCUAAGUUGAUAUCAUUGUUUUACAUGGUUUUCACGUCAUUGUUUUGCUUGUGUUUGGUGAAGAUGUUUAAUAAAUUGAUAUUAUAUUAACAGCCUGACGUUUAUUACACAGGAACACGAGAGGUAAAAAAAAGUAAAUAGAAACUCUUAUUUUGAAGCUAAUCUAUAAGAAAUGACUGUUAACAGUGUGAAGUCACUUCUGUUUUUAAUCGCUUAAUAAAUAAAUACUUUUAUUCCUAAUUACAAGAUGAAACUCUGUAUAUUGAUGUGACAUCUAAAGGUUACUAUUUAUUGGAGUAGUAUUUUAUUACUGUAUCACAGAACAUGAUGGUGUAUACAGUAUAUGGUGUCAGUGGAUUAAUAUUCAUUGGCAUUUACCACUGAAGCAGAAGUAAAUGCAAAACUAAAUUAGAAAGGUUAAAACAUGCAUGAAUGGAUUUAAAGUCUUCUUCGUAAUCCGCCUAAGUAGUGAGCAAUGACACGGGUAUGAGAUUCAGGAAACUGGUUGUUCCUGGACAUUUUAAUGACACGCACAAGAAAUAUGUUAAAACAAUACACCGCUCGAGUCAACCUGACUGCUCACGUAACAUUAUCCUCGACGUGACGAACAAGCUAAUGAUUUUUCAACAAUUAAACCUCUAUCUAUAAAUAUGUACAUACGCUACCUGGCCAAAAGUAUUGGGACAAGUGACUUCCAGCCGUAUGUGGUUCUUCUUUAAACUGUCACUACAAUGUUGGAGAUACACAAUUAUAUAGGACGUCUCUGGAUGGGGAAGUAUGAAAUUUUCCCUUUACUUGAACUAAGAGACCCAAACAUGCCCCUGUAUGCAAAGCAAGCUCCAUGAAGAUAUCCUUUAUCUGGUUUGGACUGGAAGAACUGCUAUAGAGUCCUGAAGUCAACCCUACUGAACACCUUUAUGAUAAAUUGGAAAACUGACUAUACCCCAGGCCUCCUCACUU